AUGGCGCUUGAGCAGAUUGAACACACGCGCGACCUGGUUGAGCGAAGUGACGGUCACGACAGGACUGCAGAUUCGUUCGUCAAUCUGGUCGAGGAUUCGAUUUCAAAGACAUCCAAGAAGCUGGAAACUCUCGAGACGGAUAUAAUGUCACAGAUGCAUGAGGAGAGUGCUCUCGUCUUGCAAAAGUCCGAGCACAAGAUGAAUGAAUUCCAACAUGAGUUAACGACAGCAUUGGAACAGCAUUUAAGUGAUGCAGAACGUUUAUUGGACACGAGGGUGCGGGAAGUUCGAGCUGAAUUGCUUCAACAACUGGCAUCCGUCGAAGCGGCGACAGCAGAGAACCGAACAAGCAUCUCCAAGCUUGCAAUCAAUAUGCAAGAGCGUUUGGAGCAAAUAGAGAGUUCCGUCUCUGACGAAUGUCUCCAUCUCAAGGAAUCAUCCAGCACGUGUGCCCAAGCUCUUGAAGAAGUGAGGAGCCAGUCUGAAAGCUUGCAGAAGAAACUGCAGCUCAUUGAGGAGGAGACAUCGUUCUCCAAAGAGCAACUACAAAGCUGCCGCUUGCGAACACAGCAGCUGCAGGACCACCGAGAUGAGUUUCAGAUGGAGAUAUGCCUUAUCAAGCAGCGCCUGCAGCUUUUGCAGGAGGAGGUAUUCUCCAUUGCGCCUGACUUAGAACGGCGAAAUCAGAAGCUAGAAGACAUGCUGCGUCAGCAAAUCGGCCAAGUGGAGUUGAAGUUUGCCGAUAUCACCGAAGCACCUUUAAACCGGAAUAGGGAAGUGCUGGCAGCAGGCCCGCUCCCGGCGGCGGAAAAGGGGCCUGAGAUGCCCACACAAGUAGAGGUUCAGGACUUGAGGCGACGACUGGAGGAAUUCCGCACCUCUUGGCCUGGGUCCAUACAAGCAGAGCGUGCCCACUUGGACGACAUCCGGGCUGGUCUCGACAUGCGUAUCUCGUUGGCUCAAGAACAGAUACACAGCCUGGAACUUCGUGCUCGGGAAUCUGCAGAGGCUGGAAGCAAGCAGCGAGAGACUCUGCAGCGACUUUCACAGAACAUUCAGGACGUGGCGGCCAAGGCAUCAAAGCAACAGGUUGGCCCAGGCGUUUCGCCUUCGAAGCUGGAGGCCUUCGAAGGUCCAGGUGAAGGACAUGUGCGUCGACUCGAGGAGCGGCUGGAGCGCGCUGAGAUGUUCCAAGCCGACUCGCAGUCGCUCUGGCAGGUGCAAUCCCUGAACAUCAAGACUCUGACGGAGGAACUCAGGUCGGCUCCAUGGGCAAUCUCGGAACUCGAGUGCGAGUUAAAGGCUCUGCUGGCAGGGCAGGUGGAGGACUCCGCUGCUGCGCUGCACUCCGUAGCGCAGAUGAUUGAGGCCGGCGCGGCUCGGACGGAGAUAGAGCCCAGGGAUCCUCGUGCAAGCGAAGAGGAGAAAUCAAAGGCCCACGCAGCGGAGCAGCUGCAAACUCAAGCGAUCCAGCAAGCAGCUUCCAAGCUCAUCGUUUCGGGAUGCCAGAACGAAACCGUUGCUGGAAUCGUUCGUGGUGAGUACGUGGCAACGUCCGAAAAUCACGGACGCCCGGUCUUCCGUCGCACCGAACAGUCCAACAACAUGGAUGUUCUGAUCUAUUUCUGGGACGACAGAGACGGCGCUAGCUUCUCUGGAUGGUGGUUCGGUCCUGCAGUUGGAGGGGAUCAGGUAUGGGCUUACAGCCCUGACAAGUCUAUGGUGCCACCAUCUUCGCAAUGGAGGGUUCCGUACGAUGGUCCUGUUGAUGCAAGCUUCAGUGUACAAGUCGUUGGUUCGCAGGAGCAGCAAGCCUACCAGCAGAUGGCCCAGCAAAAUCAGCAGUACCAACAAGCGCAGCAAGGCUACGCACAGGGCUGCGGGCCCUGCCGCCCCUGUGGGCAGGCAGGCUACCAACAGAACAUGGGUCAUCAGGAAUGGCAAGAAGCACAGCGCCGACAGCAGGAGGAGCAGAAUGCUGUCCAGAUGGUGCGGCAGGCCAUUCACAGAGUUCGCACUACGUCUCCAGAAGCCUUGGAUCAAGCUUGUGCAGAGAUGCAAGAUGUGUUCAACAAAAUCGGCAGUGAGUGCGGCAACAUGGGGCAACGGUUGCAGCAGGAAGUUUACCAGGCCACGCAGAUGGCUGCUGAGCGCAAAGAGACAUAUCGCCAGCAACGGGAAGAAGAGGAGAAGCGCAUGAAAGAGCGCGAAGCCGUCACUGCCCAACUUCUGCAGGAGUUGUCCCAGCUGGUCGUCGCAGCUGAGGGCAGCGUCUCCGAACUCAAGGAGAAGGUGCAGCCGAUCAUGGACACCAGCCUGGACCUGUCGGAGCUCGACAAGUCCAGUGCUGGCUUUGACGAGGUACGGGGCAAGGCCAAAGCGAGCUGCCGAGCCUGUUCUGAUUUCCUCCUCAGCAAGAGGUUUGCAAUGGAAGAGGCCAGGUCUGUGGUAGCGGAGACUCGGGAACAGCUUGUGCAGUUGCAGCGAAAGAUCCACGGUGCCUUCGUGAAUAUGGCCACAUGCGUGAACGGCCUAGAGGCCAAGAUCGACGGCGCGCAUCGAAAGGAGAAGGCAUUGAAAUACAUGGAGAAGAGGGAGGAGUUGUUUCGGAAGUAUGAUGUGGACAAUGAUGGCAUGCUGAACGCACAGGAGAUCGCUGCCUAUGCGCAAGGGGAAUAUUCCUUUCAGGUUCCGCAAAGCGUCAUCGACAAGCUUGUCGGCGGUGGAGAUGACAAAAAAGGUGUUGAAAAGCAGAACCUUGCUCGAGUCCGACAAGCAGUCGGAGUGGCGAGGGAAGAGGCAGCUGUCAAAAGGAGGCGGGUGGAGGCUGAGAAGCGUCGAAAAGAUCUGGAAGCGGAAAAGGAGGCACUUGAGGCACAAUUCUCGACGCUGCGGCCAACUGUUGACCGGCUGCAGUGGUGUGUCUGGGCGAACACCGGGGACGUGGCUUGGCAAGGGCUUGAAAUGUCACUCGUCUGGAUAGUCGCACUUCUCUGGCGCUGCUGCGCGAAGGAGUGGCCUGUUUACGCUGAUAUGCAUGAGAUUGCGGGAUUACAAGCCUUUUCAAACUGGCCGGCUUCAGCAAACACCGUGUUCGUCCUCUUUCAUGGGUGCAACAACGGAGGAAGCGACUGGUUCCAAAAGCCUGAAGAAGUGAUCUUUCUUCGAGCCGUCUUGGCGCGAAGCGCGGCCAUUGUGGCUUUCACGAAUCCGGUGCAUGACGGAAGCUUUUGCUGGCCCAACUCAGACGGCGGUGACUUCGAGGACGUCGCUGCAGCGAUUCUGAAUGGAGCUCGUCGUAUUUUUCAAUCCAAGACAACCAUUGCGCUGGACCUCAUCUUUGUCGGGGCUUCUUCUGGAGGAACUUUCGCGCUCGAUGCUCAGCCUAUCGCAUGCUGUGUCGCGUGCCACUAG